AGACUCACAUGCGCAGACAAAACGGAUUCAGCUCAACUACCUCACUCUGCUUUUGCUAUAUACAUUUUUUUUUUGUAAGCCGAGCUUCCCCUCCUUGGCGAUCCUUACUUUCAAUCUACAGAUUUGAUUCCUUCUUCGUUCUCUCUCGCAGACUCUUAAAAGGAAAGAAAGAGCGGCCAUUUCGAGGUGUUCUACAGCACGUUACGCUGAUCCUUUAGUGGGGAACACAGACACAGACGCACACGCACCGAGACAGCCGCAGUCGCAAGAACACAGCUAUACUGUCAUCCUCGCCGACUUGCCGUCGAAUUGUAUUCAGCGCAUAGAACAAGAAAAUAAAGAGGUCGAAACACCGCAUGGACAACACAGAAUUUUCCCAGAAAACACAUACUCCUUAUUUGUUCUUUGUUUUCACCUGUCAGGGCUUCGUGAUACUUCGCGCACGCAGCAGCAGCCGCAGACGGAGAUCACCGUUGCCGCUGCCUGCUCGCCAUCCUGAAGCGCCUAGGAAACAAAGCAACGUUUACCAGAGCUGGCAGCAGUCCGAGAGAAGGGAAGGAAAAGGGGGGAAAAUGCCAUCGCAUUCAUCCGCCGCGCCUCUGCGGCCGAAAACAAACAAGUCCCCUGCUGCUUCUUCUCCCUCCAUCUCCGUCUCCCGUUCUCCCACACCUCGGCAGGUCAGAGGUGUUAGUCCCGGUGCUGCUCCCUCGUCCGCCUCCGUGUUUCUGCUCUCGGUAGAAGAGCUGCAGCAGACCCCCGACAACCGCCUGCUGUCCUAUCUCAUGGAUGCCUACAACGCUGUUCGCGCCAUCACCCUUCGUCCUUUGCUGUCUGCCACGGCAUCGCCUUCUCUCACGGUUGCUGCCGCUGCUGCUGCCGCCGCUGCGUCGUCCACCCGUCACCAGACGAAUCCUUUUACGCCCGCCUACGUGGAGGAGCUCCUCACGCCGCGGCUGCUCUUUAGCGCAAUUCCCGGUGUUUCUCAGCUUGUCGCCUGCCUGUUGUGCGACGCGGUGCGCCUUCGUCACGAGCAACAGCGGCAGCAGCGGUCAGCCAAGGCGGAUUCGGGGAGUUCAGUGUCCAACACCAACACCAGCGCCAGCACCGCACCCCCGCCCUCUCCUCGAAGCACGCUGGAAAGUCAACAAGCGAUGGAGCACGACGACGUCGCUGCCGGCGUGGCUCCGCUGCCGUUUCCACCUGCACGGUGCGGGGAUGUGCUGCGGUGUAUCGCACGCGUCUUUGCGGAACUCCUUCCUUCUUUUUCCUCCUACUCAGCGUCUUCUUCUCCAUCGACGGUAGCGGCACCACUUCCAUUGAAGCGCAUCGCUUACCUGAUCGAGCGCGCUGCCGUCUCCCACGUUUUUCGCUACCUUCUCCCGCACUGCGCCACGGCCUCCGAAGACACCCAACACGCCUUGCAGUCUGUAUUUGACGCCGUUCGCUGUGCGACGACCAGUACAAACAGCAGCUCUUCUGCUUCGGCAGCGGGAAGCGCCGGCGGCGACCACGGCAGUCGAGCGGCGUCUGCGUCCAACGCGAGCGCAGCGACGUGCAAUGAGAUGGCUCAGCUGCUCACCGACAUUCUGGCCGCCACACGCGACAUCUCUUCUGCGCAGCUGACACCGCUGCUGGAGGAGCUGGCGGGUGCCUCGUGCACUCUGCGUCCGCCGUCAAAGACGUCGUCGUCGUGGUCGACCGUGAGCGCACGCGGCGUGGGCGGCAAUGGCGGCAGCAGCACCGCUCUCGCCGGCGUUCUUGCAGCGAACAACGAUGUGAGAGGUCCGACGCAGCUGCGCGGUGGCGCGCUCGUUACGGCCCGCGUGCUGAUGGAGCAGGCGGACGUUGUGCUGCAGCCCGCGGUCGCAGCGUGGGCGGUGAGCGAGUUUAACGAAGGUGUGGAGGAGUUGCUGGCGGCGGGCGUUUUGCAAGAGGAGGCGGACGUGGAGGACGACAGCGACAAAGAGGAACGCGAUGAUGCGCUGAAGGAUCAGGAAGACAAGAAUCGACCGCCGCCACAGCAGCAGCGGCAACAGCGCACGCGUGACACACAACUAUCACGCCGAGGUCGUGGACUGCGGAAGGUGGCACGUGUGUUAGAGGUGGUGGUCGCGCUGACAGAGCUGAGUGUUGAUUUGGUAAGCCAAGUGCUGCCGACCAUCGCGCCGCAUCUCGAGCUCCCAAAUGACGACCUCCGCCUCUUACUCGUACGCGGCUUUGGUGCGGUAUUUGCGGCUCACGACGCAGCCGUGUCCACGUACACGUCCAUCUUCACCGGUCCUUUCCUGAGCCGUUUCCUGGAUGUGAGGCCCGCUAUUCGCAUGGAGGCGUUGCGUGUGUCCAGCAUGCUUCUCGCGCAGUGCGUCGUGCGCAGCGGCGCCAACAACAGCGAACACGUAUCCGCAGACGCAUACGCCAACUGUGCCGCGCAGCAGGCUCAGCUGUGGGGCGCCUUCCGACUAUGUUGGAGUCGCUCGCUAACCGACCCGCACGUGCUGGUGCGCAAGCAAGCCGUCUGCUCCGUCAUCGAGGCAGCCUUGACCUCUCCCUUGCUGUUCCAGCAGCCACAGCAGGCGCAGACGCAGUCGCAGCCGCAACCAUCCACGUUCCUUGCGCAAACAGUUGGCUUGCGCACGCGCGACAAGAACAAGCGGGUACGCGAUACGGCUGUGGAAGGGCUCACGCGGCUGUACCACGCCUACCAACUCUCCUGGAUUCCGAACGCGGUGCUUGACGCGACGCGCGUGGAGGCGGGUGGCUCGUCGUCUAGCACGUCGGCUGGCGCUGGUGCUGGUGCGGCAGCUGUAUCGACCGCCGUGAUGCUCGCGGAGGCGGUGGUGGAGAACCUGUUGCCUUCCCCCUCCGCCACUCCGCUGCCGUCCAACGUCCACAUGGAUGAGUGCGGAAAGCAGGAGACGUUGGCCCGCUGGAUGGGCAGUGCCAACGCCUCCGCCACGCGGUCAUCCAUCGGCAGAGCAAACCUCGCCCUCUUUGAUUUCGAACUGCCAGGCAACUACGACAGACCUCGUGUCAAAACGGAAAUCACUACCAACGACGAAGAACGGCGCACGAGGGACGAGGGGGACGCCUUGCUGGGGUUUGCGCCGGUUGCAGCUACCACGGAGGAGACGGCAACGACGGCAGCGGCAGCAGUUGUGGAACCGAGUCCCACCCGUCGUUCACAGCACGCACUGUCCCCUGCGGCUCCCGCGACGGCGACGUACGUGGACGGCCUCCUCCACCUGUGCCGCAGCCUCGACGCCGCCCACUUCACGCAGCUGCUGCGGCUGGCAGAGAAGAAGCCGCAGCUCCGGCUCGCCGUACAGAAGCUUUUUGAGUUUCACGCAGCGGUAAAGGCGAGCAACGGGGACGUGAAGUCGGUCGAAGGCCAGCAGCGCAUCAACGCCAUCCAUCGCCUCCUGCGCUUCUUGCAGGACACCACGGGGGCCCAGAGAGGGGAGUGGGAUGCGUUGUUCCGCGCGAAGGAUGACACGGUGCGCAGGGCGCUGCUCCGUGCGUGCGACUCGAGCCACCUUGACUGGGUCGACGUCCGCGAUGUGUUGCUGCGUUCCCUGCGUGGCCGUGUCAGCCCGGAUGUGUUUGCCUUCGUGAAGAACGCGCUGGUGCCGCAGCUGCUGUGGCCCACGCGACGUGACCACCUUCAUGAGCUCAUGCGUCGCCUGCACCGCUGCAUCUACGUCAGCGAUCGAGCCGAGGUCGUGGUGGACACACCAGAAGCCGUCGCGGUGCUGCGUGCGCUGCUCUUUUUAACUGCGGGCGCCCCAUCGUAUCACGUGUUGAGUGCGGCCGGGCUGGCGGAGGCGCUGCAGGCGGCUGCGACGCAGUCCACGGCGCCGCCUCCUGUGUGGUGUGCGUUGCUGCUGCAGGCGCUUCAGCAGUGGGCCACCGCCGCUGCAUCCGCAUCCUGUCCGAACGGCACAAACGAGAAGAUGAGGACCCUUGUCGCACCGGAGCAACGCGAUGCCUUGGUGCGUGCCCUGCGGGCCAUGGCAUUGGCGUCUCUCCCGAUGCAGCGGGUGGCGGUCAAGAAGAACGAGGCGAAGAGAUCGUCGGCGGCCUCGUCUUCCGCUUCUUCUUCCUCGACGACGGCGACAUCUUCCCCGCUGGCGUCCCUCAAGCAGCUCGCGAAGCAGGCGACCCGUACACUGUUGGCGCUGGUGCAGGUGGCCGAAUUCGCACAAGGCGCCGCCGCAGCCCUUCAGUCGCUCGUCGCGGACCUGACGCAUGAGCUCACGCACGGGCGGGCGCUGACGAACGACGUGAAGACGGUGGCGUGGCUGGCGAGUGUGCAGGCGCUGUCGGCGCACCCACGUGCGAGCUCGGCGCUGCGCGUUGCUGCUGCGACCGGCUCCCCCGCAGUCACCAGCACCUCUACGUCCUCUUCCUCCUCUACACCGGAGUCGGCUGAGGCGCAGUUGCCUCCGCUGCUGCCGCACCUCGACACCCUCCUCCUCGCUGCGGUUCGUGAUGUGAGCGACUCUGCCGAGCAGGCGAAGCUCCCCAAACCGCAAACCUCAACUGCGCCUGCUGCUGCGUCUAGUGGCCACCAGAAAGAAGAGGAGGAGGCGGUGAUGACGGCGGUGAUGCCGCCUGCCACCUACCCGUCGUAUCCCCUUACACUCACCAUGUCCGUCGCCGCCGCUAUCGUGGACGGCACCUCCAAGGUGAUGACGCGACUGGCGCUGAGCUGCCCGACAGCGAACGGUCUGCGCGCCGCCGCCGUCUCCGCCGUGUUGGAGAGCCUCUUGCAGGGCUACAAGGCUGUGGCAGGCCUGUCAUGUGGCCGGGCCGGCCCAUCGAGCAUUGCCAGCUGCCAGCGCCGCCUCGCCGUGGAGAAGCAACUUGUCAAGCUCCUUGCGACGCCGACGCCGGCCAUCGCAAAGGAGAUGGCGGCCGCCGUUGUGUUGUCCGUUGAGGAGGAGGCACAGGUGCGGGAGGCGGUGCAGGCAAAGCUCGCCUCGCUCCUGCUCCAACGUUCCUGUGAUAUGCGCGUGGGUGCGCUGCUGCUGCUGACGGCCAUCAGCGAAGACACGAAGAGCUCCUACCACCGCCUGCGGAGUUUGGUGGAGUCGAUCGGCGACCACCUGCGUGGAAGGCAGGCGAGCCAAGGCGUCUCCCUCUCGUCUCCCGCCGCGCUCUACUGCUACUGGGAGUACGCCAUCCCGUUCGUCGUGCUCUUCCUCGCUCACCACCCCUACUACGCGACGGAGGAAGCCGAGAUGCAAUUUCUGAAUUUCCAGCGCGUGUGGCACCUCCUCAUCGGCGAGCUCUUCCGGCACGGCACGCAGUGCGCCGGUUUCGUGGCGGAGCUGCUGAGCAACAUCAAGCGCUCCGACGACGCGCUGGACCCGUCGAGCAACGCCACCCGUGUCAUGUGUGAUUUGGGCAGCCGCGUGUUGCUGGAGUGCCUCGGGCAGCGCCAGAGUCGCGCGGAGGACCUCCGCCGCUACCCGGGCGCAAUUCUUCUGCCUUCUUUCUUUGUUAAGACAGCGCAAUCCAGUCCGCAGAAGUUGCUAGAGACAGUGUACCUGCCCGACAACGUGCGCGUCGCACCCAACGCGGCUUUCCGCCUCGCACCUGCGUCGACCACCGGUGGAGCUGGAGCCACUCUGGGGGGAAGCCGCGGCAGCAGUCGACAAGCCACCUCACGUGCGCCGUCGCUGGCCGCCUUGGACGACGCGCCCGCCAAGACGGGACGUUCUUCAGUGGUCCACGUACAGCAGCAGCAGCAGCAGCGAACACCGUCCACGCAGCGCAAGCGGCCACGCUCGCCAUCGGUGGAAGUGGCGGUAGCGGUGGACAGCCCGGCGGCAUCGCCCUCCCUCUCGCCCUCCGUCACACGGCGUGAACGCAGCGAGCGUGCGGCCGCCUCUGCCUCGCCGCUGCCGUCCAGUGCCCCUUCCUCUGCCUCCUCGUCGUCAUCGCCGCAGCGCUCCCAGACGGAGCCCGCGCUCGCUGACAGCUCCGCGACACCGCUGUCCUCCAGCGCACACGCCACGGCGGCAAAGGAGGAGGAGGAAGUAAAGAUGCGACGGAAAGCGAUUCAGAAGGGUGCGGUGGAUGUCGCCCUGAAGGAGCUCUUUGCCGGGCUGACUAAGCCGCAGAUCGCGCAGCUGCGGUGGAAGGUGGUCCGUGCGCGACUGGAGGAGGCAAUCCAGGAGGCGGAGGCCGAAUUUGAAGCGCAACAGCAGCUGCAGCAGCUGCAGCAUAGAAGAGAGGGGUUUGUGGGUCAGGCGACCUUGACGAAGCCUCCAGCUGUAAUGGUGGCGGAGGGGAAUCUGGAGGCGUUGCUGCAGUACGCAAAGGACCAGCUUCGAGUGUGGUACAACGCUGCUGCAGCGUAA